AUGACAGAUUCUCUUGUAUCCCGGUUCGCCAAGUUGAACCCUCUAUCAAAACUUUCUGCUGGGGUCUACGACGAGGAUGUUGGAGAAGAAGUUGACGAAACCACCAUUGCGGGGGGAGGCCACGGUGCGCGACAAACGACUAUUACUAAAUCCCAGUUACGAGUUAGCCACGCAUUAAAGUCGUUCCUUAUAAAGAACAAUGUGCUAUCCGAGGAAGAAGCAGGAAUAGAGUCGGAGCAGCCCAGCACCGCACUACGAGCAUUACUUGACAAGUCGCACAUUGAAGUGCCCUCUAUAGUGACGGACAGAUCCUUUCCACUCCCAGAGUAUUUUAUAAGCUCUAGCCAUAAUACAUAUCUUCUAGGCCACCAGCUUAUUGGUCAGUCUUCUGCUAAUGCUUAUGAGACCGCGCUCAAUGCCGGAUCUCGGUGCGUUGAAAUUGACGCCUGGGAUAAUGAGGACGAUAAAGAAGAGCCUAAGGUUACGCAUGGAUACACGCUUGUUUCCCAUAUCCCAUUCCGUGCAGUAUGCGAGACAAUACGCAAUGUUGUCGACCGAGAAGCGAUGCAAUCUAGCAACGCGGAUGGAUACCGGGCGGCACCAAUCAUGCUCUCCCUAGAGAAUCAUUGUAGCGCGUACGGGCAGCAGCGACUCGUUGAAAUCAUGAAGGAAAUUUUCGGCCAUCGUUUAUUGAACAAAGCUAUCAGGAUAAAAGGCCACCAGGAGCAAGCCGGGGACAGUGACCCAGUCACCUUAGCGGAACUAGGAUCGAAGAUAGUUCUCAUUGUCGAAUACCACUUACCUGAGGAAGCAGACACAAGUGAUGAUGACAACCCUAACUCUGACGAUGAUGAGGUAAGACAGGCACAAGAAGCUUAUCAGACCAAAAAGAAAGAAGCUAUCCCUACUAUAAUUGUUCCAGAGCUUGCGGAGCUGGGUGUUUAUGCCCAAUCCGUGAAACCGAGAGACAAUUCUUGGUUUGAAGGUGUUCUAAAGGACGCCCCCAGAAACCACUUAAUCAACGUCUCAGAAAGUGGACUGGCGUCAUAUAUGCCGGCAGCGAACCAGAUGAUUGCACGGCACAACUCUCGGCAUUUGAUGCGCGUCUUUCCGAAGGGUACACGUAUCUCUUCGAAAAACCUCAAGCAAGUUCCGUUCUGGGGUGUUGGAGCACAAAUCUGCGCGAUGAACUGGCAAACUUUCAAUGCUAGCAUGCAGAUCAACGAAGCCUUAUUUAGCGGCACUGACGGCUACGUCCUAAAGCCUGCAGCGCUGCGGGCGGGCGGUAGCAUGAGCCUCAACACUGGUAGAAAGAAAAAGCUAGUGCUGCAUGUCGCAGGAGCAUCAGAUAUACCUCUAUCAGAAGGCCAGGAAGAAGAUGAUGUCAAGCCGUAUGUUACCUGCACGCUCGUUCACACAGAUGAGUUAGACGGCAACCAUCCCAAGAGCAAGACCAGCCCCUACAAACACCACAAACUAGGAUUCCUCCAUAGGGGCGAGAACCCCCCACCGACAGACCCGAUCUGGGAUGAGACGCUUGAGUGGGAAUAUGAGGACAAUGAGCUAGUUUUCCUCCGUAUUCUACUCAAGAAUGACGUCAGCUUUGCAGAAAAUCCCGUCUUCGCAGUUGCGGCCGUGAGACUCUUAUACGUGGUUCCUGGCUGGAGCUUUAUUCGCAUGCUGGAUUUGAAGGGCCGAGAGACCAAGUGUUCGUUGCUGGUGAAGUUUGACUUAAGCGACGUCUGA